UUUUUUAUUUUAUCAAUUAGUUGUAAAUAAACCAAAUGGCGAUGCCCCAAAUCAGCCCGGCCGAUCAGGCCAAACUACAGCUGAUGCAAGAAAUGGAAAUAGAAAUGAUGUCUGAUUUAUAUAAUCGUAUGACAAAUGCUUGUCACAAGAAGUGCAUUCCUCCGCGCUAUGUGGAGUCCGAGUUGGGCAAAGGCGAAAUGGUGUGUAUCGACCGUUGUGUGGCCAAAUAUUUGGACAUUCAUGAAAGGAUUGGCAAGAAGCUGACCGCCAUGUCAAUGCAGGACGAGGACCUCAUGAAGAAAAUGUCAAGCUAGAAAGUCAUAUAAGCCGUAGUCGCAGAGCGCUUAAUGUUUGCAUCAUCUUGUGAACAAAACAAAACCAUCGGGGGCAUUUCUAAGGGCACAUUAAUUUGUUAAAGGUAAUAAUUAGGCUUCUUGAAUAAACAUUAUAAACGACAA